GGGCUGAGGCCGGUCGUGUGCCAGGCUCACCGGCUCGCACGAGCUGAUCCAAAAGCUAAAAGAGACGCAAAGAGACGCGUGCCACUUCUCCAAAACUCUCGGCGCACUCAGCUGAUUCUAGACCCGAACCCUUCAGCAUCACCAUGGACUCCGUGUACUCCGACAUCGACAGCAACAGCUGCGACUUCUUCCAGCACACAGACGACGAGGAGUCCCGCGGCUCCCCGCGCUCGUCCCCGGGCUCGUCCCCGGGCUCCCCGGAGCCCGAGCAGCCCGCGCAGCCGCAGAAGAAGCGGCGUCGCGGCCGCGGCCGCAGCGAAGGCGCCGUGCCGGUGGUGAGGAAGAACCGGCGCGUGAAAGCCAACGACCGGGAGAGGAACCGCAUGCACAACCUGAACGACGCGCUGGACACGCUGCGCGAGAUCCUGCCCGCGUUCCCGGACGAAACCAAACUCACUAAGAUCGAGACUCUGCGCUUCGCGCACAACUACAUCUGGGCGCUGUCGGAGACCAUCCGCAUCGCAGACCUGCAGGCCGGGAAGAGCGACGCCUCUCUGCUGCGGAGGGAGGCCCCGAGCCCCGGCAGCGACGCCUGCUCCUGGAGCUCGUGCAGCGGCUCUUCGGACUCUUCCUCCCCGUCCUACUGCGCCUCCAGCCCGGGCAGCCCCGCAGCCAAGGACUACCUGCCGCACGACGCGCUGUUCGCCUUCCGCAGCUUCGUGCCGGGCAUCUACUGAGACAAACACACAUACACACACCGCCGGGGGGACACGCGGACACACACACACACACACACACACACACAC